AUGUUCGCCAAAUCUUUUGAAGUCACAGAUCCGGUCAAUUCAAGCCUCAAAGGGUUUGCCCUUGCUAACCCCUCUAUUACUUUGGUUCCUGAAGAAAAAAUACUCUUCAGGAAGACCAAGUCUGACAAUAUCGCCUUAAUCUCCGGUGGUGGUAGUGGCCAUGAACCUACACACGCCGGUUUCAUUGGUAAGGGUAUGUUGAGUGGUGCUGUCGUCGGUGAAAUUUUUGCAUCCCCUUCAACAAAGCAGAUUUUAAAUGCAAUCCGUUUGGUCAAUGAAAACGCUUCUGGCGUUUUAUUGAUUGUCAAAAACUACACAGGUGACGUUUUGCAUUUUGGUCUGUCCGCUGAGAGAGCAAGAGCCUUGGGUAUCGACUGCCGCGUCGCUGUCAUAGGUGAUGACGUUGCAGUUGGCAGAGAAAAGGGUGGCAUGGUUGGUAGAAGAGCAUUAGCAGGUACCGUUUUAGUUCAUAAGAUUGUGGGUGCCUUUGCCGAAGGAUAUUCUAGCAAGUAUGGAUUAGAUGGUACUGCUAAAGUGGCUAAAAUCAUCAAUGACAAUUUGGUGACCAUUGGCUCUUCCUUAGACCAUUGUAAAGUUCCUGGCAGAAAAUUUGAAAGUGAACUAAACGAAAAGCAAAUGGAAUUGGGUAUGGGUAUUCAUAAUGAACCUGGUGUAAAAGUUCUAGAUCCUAUUCCUUCUACCGAAGACUUGAUUUCCAAGUAUAUGCUACCAAAAUUAUUAGAUCCGAACGAUAAGGAUAGAGCCUUUGUAAAGUUUGAUAAAGAUGAUGAAGUCGUCUUGUUAGUGAACAAUCUCGGUGGUGUUUCCAACUUUGUUAUUAGUUCUAUCACUUCCAAGACCACAGAUUUCUUGAAGAAAACUUACAACAUAACCCCGGUUCAAACAAUUGCUGGGACAUUGAUGACCUCUUUCAAUGGUAAUGGGUUCAGUAUCACAUUAUUAAACGCCACUAAGGCUACAAAAGCUUUGCAGUCUGAUUUCCAGGAAAUCAAAUCAGUACUGGACUUGUUGAACGCUUUCACGAACGCACCAGGCUGGCCAAUCACAGAUUUUGAAAAGUCGUCAGCCCCAUCUGUUAAUGAUGAUUUGUUACACAAUGAAGUGACAGCAAAGGCCGUCGGUACCUAUGACUUCGACAGGUUUGCUAAGUGGAUGAAGAGUGGUGCUGAGCAAGUCAUCAAGAGCGAACCACACAUUACGGAAUUGGACAAUCAAGUUGGUGACGGUGACUGUGGUUACACUUUAGUGGCCGGUGUUAAAGGCAUCACUGAUAAUCUUGACAAGUUGUCAAAGGAUUCACUGUCUCAGGCGGUUGCCCAAAUUUCAGAUUUCAUUGAAGGCUCGAUGGGAGGUACUUCUGGUGGUCUAUACUCUAUUCUUCUGUCUGGUUUUUCACACGGAUUGAUUCAGGUUUGCAAGUCAAAGGAUGAACCUGUUACUAAGGAAAUUGUGGCUAAAUCACUUGGAAUUGCAUUGGACACCCUAUACAAAUAUACAAAGGCAAGAAAGGGAUCAUCCACCAUGAUCGAUGCUCUAGAACCAUUCGUUAAAGAAUUCACUGCGUCUAAGGACUUCAAUAAGGCGGUUAAAGCUGCUGAAAAAGGUGCCAAAUCUACUGCAACAUUCGAAGCAAAAUUCGGUAGAGCUUCAUAUGUCGGCGACUCAUCUCAGGUGGAGGAUCCUGGUGCAGUAGGUUUAUGUGAGUUCUUGAAGGGGAUCCAAAACACCUUAUAA